UUCAUCAUCAUCAUCAUCAUCGGAAUCGUCGAAUGUUGAUAAUAAACAUCAAUCCGUAAAUGAUAGCAUAAAAAUAAUGAAGGCAAAUGAAAGACGAAACAAAUUUCGUAUAUUGGCUCGUACACUUGAUACAUUAGCAAAUAUUGAUCCAUCAUUAGAUUCAACUUUAUACAACAAACAAUUAGAAAUACAAUGUAUCACUACUCUAGUACCUUUAAUACGACAAAUUAAAUCAGAACCAUUUGAAAUCAAAGAUCAUCAUUAUUAA